GUAUAGCACAAUUCUAGGUCAUCAUGCAGCCAGCGGCGGGCAAAGAUGGAUGGCCUCCCCAGUACCGAUGUCCUGGAGAGGUCGCUGAUCAUGAAUCCCUGUCUACUUCAUCUAAGUACAACGCCGGAAAUUUUGUUGGGCUUAUGCGGAGCAUCACGCAACAAUUCUGCGAAGAUCAUUCACGCUAAGAGUCAUGCGGCGGCGGCGAAUUUGUUUAAGGGUGGCAGUGGAUCUUGAGAUGACACAGAGCUCUGAUGUCAUCUCAAUGCCUAAAUACGUUGCAGUGUAUGAUAAAUGUCAUCGAUUACUGCCGAGCAUACAAGCUAUUGCAACCGUGGCGAUUAUGGCAGCGCCUAUUCUCAAGACGACCAACAGUAAAUGAAGUGACCUGCGCGAGCUGAGGAGCGCGCCGCGAUUGUG